CACUCAGAGCAGCCCUGAGACCGCUGCCGUCGCCGCUGCUUUCGCUGCUACGGCUCUGCCACCUGAGGAGACCGCCUGGACUCGCCGCCCCUGUGGCCACCCCCGGCGAUUCCUGCCUAGCACCGGGCUUUUUAUGCACACUGCCACUACCAUUAUUAUUAUUAUUCCAAGAGAGGGAGAACAACAGACCAGCCUGAAAGAACCACGUACACCUUUCUGAAAUAGUGAAGUGUCUCCUGGGAAGAGAGGGUCGUCGGUCCCGGGAGAAGGAGCCACUGGGGCCAAGGGCAGGUGUUGAAGGGGAGGAAGGAGGAGUUGGGGCACUGCGUGGUGGAAAGUUGCUUGCGGCGGAGAGCCGAAGGUCCAGCGCCACAGCCCAGGGGGGGCGGUGUGCCUGGGAGAAGCCGCUGCCCCCUGCGUUGGGACCUGCGAGCUCGCGGGCAGCGCGGGGCCGGGACGACGCCCCCUCCUGCGGCGCGGACGCUGUCGGUGGCCCCCAAAGAGGACGAGGAGGAGGAAUAUGGCAUCGAAGGCGGGCCCCUCCUGCCGUCUAGUCUUCUGCCUCUUGAUCUCCGCCGCUGUCCUCCGGCCAGGCCUUGGAUGGUAUACUGUAAAUUCAGCAUAUGGAGAUACCAUUAUUAUGCCUUGCCGACUUGAUGUACCUCACAAUCUCAUGUUUGGAAAAUGGAAAUAUGAAAAGCCCGAUGGCUCCCCAGUAUUUAUUGCCUUUAGGUCCUCUACAAAGAAAAGUGUGCAAUAUGAUGAUGUGCCAGAAUACAAAGACAGGUUGAGCCUCUCAGAAAACUACACUUUGUCUAUCAGUAACGCAAGGAUCAGUGAUGAGAAGAGAUUUGUGUGCAUGCUAGUAACUGAGGACAACGUGUUUGAGGCACCUACAACAGUCAAGGUGUUCAAGCAACCAUCUAAACCUGAAAUUGUAAGCAAAGCACCUUUUCUCGAAACAGAGCAGCUAAAACAGUUGGGAGACUGCAUUUCAAAAGACAGUUAUCCAGAUGGCAACAUCACGUGGUACAGGAAUGGAAAAGUGCUACAACCCCUUGAAGGAGUGGUGGUCAUAAUUUUUAAAAAGCAAAUGGACCCGGUAACUCAACUCUAUACCAUGACUUCAUCCCUGGAAUACAAGGCAACCAAGGCUGACAUACAAAUGCCAUUCACCUGCUCUGUGACAUAUUUUGGACCAUCUGGCCAGAAAACAGUUCAUUCUGAACAAGCAAUCUUUGAUAUUUAUUAUCCUACUGAACAAGUGACAAUACAAGUGCUGCCAUCAAAAAAUGCCAUCAAAGAAGGGGAUAACAUCACUCUCAAGUGCUUAGGAAAUGGUAACCCUCCUCCUGAGGAAUUUUUGUUUUACUUACCAGGACAGCCUGAAGGAAUAAGAAGCUCAAAUACUUACACGUUGACAGAUGUGAGGCGCAAUGCAACAGGAGACUACAAAUGCUCCCUGAUAGACAAAAGAAGCAUGAUUGCUUCAACAGCCAUCACAGUUCACUAUUUGGAUUUGUCCUUAAACCCAAGUGGGGAAGUGACCAAGCAGAUUGGUGAUGCCUUGCCUGUGUCAUGCACGAUAUCUGCUAGUAGGAAUGCAACUGUGGUAUGGAUGAAAGAUAACAUCAGGCUUCGAUCUAGCCCAUCAUUUUCUAGUCUCCAUUAUCAGGACGCUGGAAACUAUGUCUGUGAAACUGCUCUGCAGGAGGUGGAAGGCCUAAAGAAAAGAGAGUCGUUGACACUGAUCGUAGAAGGAAAACCUCAAAUCAAAAUGACAAAGAAAACUGAUCCCAGUGGACUGUCUAAAACAAUAAUCUGCCAUGUGGAAGGUUUUCCGAAGCCAGCUAUACAGUGGACAAUUACUGGCAGUGGAAGCGUCAUAAACCAAACAGAGGAAUCUCCCUAUAUAAAUGGCAGGUAUUAUAGUAAAAUUAUCAUUUCCCCCGAAGAGAAUGUUACAUUAACUUGCACAGCAGAAAACCAGCUGGAGAGAACAGUAAACUCCUUGAAUGUCUCUGCUAUAAGUAUUCCAGAGCACGAUGAGGCAGACGAGAUAAGUGAUGAAAACAGAGAAAAGGUGAAUGACCAGGCAAAACUAAUUGUGGGAAUCGUAGUUGGUCUCCUCCUUGCUGCCCUGGUUGCUGGCGUUGUCUACUGGCUGUAUAUGAAGAAAUCAAAGACUGCCUCAAAACAUGUAAACAAGGACCUUGGUAAUCUGGAGGAAAACAAAAAGUUAGAAGAAAACAAUCACAAAACAGAAGCCUAAGAGAGAAACUGUUCUAAAGUGUUGUCCAG